UGAUCAUAUGAAUCUUCUUCUUCUUCCAUUACCCCACCACCAUUGUUAUCGGAUCUUCUUCUUCUUGUUCUUCAUCUGUGGAUGAAAUUUUGCUACCUAUGCCAGGAGAAAAUCUGUUUCAGUUUCAAUUAGAUAUAAAUGCAGGCGACCAUGGAUGAUAAUCACGCAAAUACAACUCCGUCCGCCGCCGGGAUUAAGGACGGAUCUGAAACGGUGAUUCUCUUCGGGAAAUACGAGAUUGGAAGGUUAUUAGGACAUGGAGCUUUCGCCAAGGUAUACCACGCUCGUAACAUCGAGACAGGACAAAGCGUGGCGAUUAAGGUUAUAUGUAAGAGGAAAUUGAUCAAAGGAGGUUUAUCUCUAAUGGCUAAUGUUAAGAGAGAGAUUACUAUCAUGAGACGAUUAUGUCACCGUCAUAUCGUGCGUUUGUUUGAAGUUCUUGCAACGAAGACGACGAUCUAUUUCGCGAUGGAAUUUGCUAAAGGAGGUGAGUUAUUUGCUAAAGUUGCUAAAGGACGAUUUAGCGAAGAUCUAAGUCGUAGAUAUUUUCAACAGUUGAUAUCCGCUGUUGGAUUUUGUCAUUCAAAUGGUGUGUAUCAUCGAGAUUUGAAACCGGAGAAUCUUCUUCUUGAUGAUAAUUGGGAGCUUAAGGUUACGGAUUUUGGUUUAAGUGCUGUUAGAGAUCAAGUUCAUUCAGAUGGUCUUCUUCAUACGUUGUGUGGAACUCCGGCUUAUGUUGCACCGGAGAUUUUAGCGAAGAAAGGAUACGAUGGUGCAAAGGUUGAUGUUUGGUCGUGUGGAGUUAUACUUUUUGUACUCAGUGCUGGGUAUCUUCCAUUUAAUGAUAGGAAUUUGAUGGUUAUGUAUUCGAAGAUCUAUAAAGCUGAAUUUCGUUGCCCGAAAUGGAUAUCAUCUGAUACAAAGAGAUUUCUUCAUCGUCUUCUUGAUCCGAAUCCUCAAACUAGGAUUACUAUUGAUGAGAUAAUUCUCGAUCCAUGGUUUAGAACUGGGUAUAUUGAGGAAACUAAUAUUAUUAAUUCCAUUGAAUUUGAUUUGAUUGGUCAUAAUGAAAGAGAAUACUUAAAUGCUUUUGAUCUGAUUUCAUUCUCAUCUGGGAUUGAUCUAACUGGGCUUUUCAACAAGGCGUAUUCAGUUUCGAAAGAGAGAUUUGUAUCGGGGGAGGAACCGGAAACGAUUGUUUCGAAAAUGGAGGAGGUGGCGAAGGGGGAAGGGGUUGGAGUUACGAUUAAGGAUGGUUGGGGAUUGAAGAUGGAAGGACAGAAUGGUAAUUUUGUAGCGGCGGUGGAGAUACGGCGGCUUAAUAGGGAUCUGGUUGUGGUUGAGAUUCGGAGAAGAGAAAGUGAUGUUGGACCGAGCCAACGGAUAUGGAAUGAUAAAAUUAAGCCGAAGUUGUUGGGAUUAAUUUUUCAAUCGGAAAGACGGGUCGAUGUUUGCGAUGGCGAUGGCGGCGGUGGUGGUUAAUGGGAAACUCAAGUGGCUUGUGCGUUUGUGUGUUUUCUUCCAUUAAUGCCCCGCUGACAAUUCAAGGCAAAGGGCUGGCGUCUAUAUGUAAGAAUUGGACUGAAAUGAUUAUGAUUUGUUGAGAGAAGAGAAGAGAAUGUAAAUAGAAACAAUGGUGAGAACUUCAAUUAAAUUAAAAAUGUAGGGAGUGCAAUUUUUAUAGUUCU